CGAGAGAAAAAUGGGAAAGGGGCGUGGGCGCGGGAGCAGGUGAGGGGCUCCUUUAGAGCUUGGCUCUGGUACAGAAUUUAGGACUGGAACUGGAGUCCCGUGAAAGCGCGGGCUCCGACUGGACAAUAUUUGGCCAAGGCUCUUCGGGAACCCCCGAGCGUGACUCUGGGCACCCCUCCCCCGCGUCUAGAGCAGGGGAAAGCGGGGAGCCCCCGGCCCUCGGGGAUCUGGGCACGGACACCCCUAGCGCAAGAACUCGGCUGGGGCGCGCGCGCGCGCACACACACACACGUUGCACGCGUGUGUGAGGUGUGUGGAAGGGGCGUGCCGCCCAGGCCAGGGUACGCGCGCCGCCGGCUCAGGAGCUCCGCGCCGCUGCCCCGCUCCUCCCGGGACGGGACCCCCGCCCCCUCCCAGGCCCCGCUCGGGCCCUCUGCGCAGGCGCCCUGACGGGUCCGGAGGAAGCGGCUGAGGGGGCCGCGGGCACGGGCUCGGAGGCUGGAGCGGCGGCGGCGCGGGCCUCGCCCCGAAGACCUCUCACGGCGGAGGAGGCGACCACCCCCGGCAGGGGCGGGGCGGCGGCGGCGGGACCAUGAGGUGCACAUGAGGCGGCCGGCGGCAGCGGGACGGGCCGGGGGCCCGGAGGCGGAGGAGGAGGAGGAGGAGGAAGAAGAGGAGGCUGGGGCUCCCAGGGGCCCCGGGACGGCAGCGCCGCGGGUCCGUUGGAAGCGGCGCGAUGGGGGCGCCCGCCUGGUGCCUUUUCCCCGUCUAGCCUUUGUCUCCCGCACUGGACACCUCCCGAUGCACAGGACCCUUGGGUUUUACUUUUGCCUCCCCUCCGCUCGGACCCGGAGCCCGGGAACCGCUGGGAUUCUGGAAGAACUGCAAGAUAAACAUCCAUUCUUCAGGUGUAUUCUGUAUAACCGAAGUUCUGGCUAACAGGAUAAGCCAAGCCAGUCACCAUGAGUUGGAGCUUCCUUACUCGACUAUUAGAGGAGAUCCACAACCAUUCCACAUUUGUGGGGAAGAUUUGGCUCACCAUAUUGAUAGUCUUCCGGAUCGUACUCACUGCUGUAGGUGGGGAGUCCAUCUAUUAUGACGAGCAAAGCAAAUUUGUGUGCAACACAGAACAACCAGGCUGUGAGAACGUCUGCUACGAUGCCUUUGCCCCUCUGUCCCAUGUCCGGUUUUGGGUGUUCCAGAUCAUCCUUGUGGCCACCCCCUCGGUGAUGUAUCUGGGUUAUGCCAUUCAUAAGAUUGCCAAGAUGGAGCAUGGAGAGGCUGACAAGAAGACGGCGCGGAGCAAGCCCUACACCAUGCGCUGGAAGCAGCAUCGCGGCCUGGAAGAAACUGAGGAGGACCAUGAGGAAGACCCCAUGAUGUACCCGGAGAUGGAAUUGGAAAGUGAAAAAGAGAAUAAGGAGCAGAGUCAGCCUAAACCUAAGCACGAUGGCCGGCGGCGGAUUCGGGAAGAUGGGCUCAUGAAAAUCUACGUGCUGCAGUUGUUAGCAAGGACUUUGUUUGAAGUGGGCUUCCUGGUAGGCCAAUAUCUUCUGUAUGGCUUCCAGGUCCGCCCAUUUUAUGUGUGCAGCAGAGUCCCCUGCCCUCAUAAAAUAGACUGCUUCAUUUCUAGGCCCACUGAAAAGACCAUCUUCUUGCUGAUAAUGUAUGGUGUGACAGGCCUCUGUCUGAUCCUCAACAUUUGGGAAAUGCUCCACUUGGGGUUUGGGACUAUCCGGGACUCACUAAAUAGCAAAAGGAGAGAACUGGAAGAUUCAGGUGCUUAUAAUUAUCCUUUCACUUGGAAUACUCCAUCUGCUCCACCUGGCUAUAAUAUUGUGGUCAAACCAGAUCAGAUCCAGUAUACUGAACUGUCCAAUGCUAAGAUCGCCUACAAGCAGAACAAGGCCAACAUUGCUCAGGAGCAGCAGUACGGGAGCAACGAGGAGAACCUCCCUGCAGACCUCGAGAUGCUGCAGCGAGAAAUCAAGGUGGCCCAGGAGCGCCUGGAUCUGGCCAUCCAGGCCUACAACCACCAAAACAACCGCCAUGGCCCCCGGGAAAAAAAGUCCAAAGCUGGGUCUAAAGCUGGCUCCAACAAAAGCAGUGCCAGUAGCAAAUCUGGGGAUGGGAAGAACUCUGUCUGGAUUUAAUCUUGGCUGGGCUCAUAACUUGUGCUUCUCCUCGUUUAUGGUAAGCAGCAAGCGGCUCACUGAAUAAUGACUUCCAUUGAGUAAACAUUUGGCUCUGGUUAUCUUCAGGGAUGUUUAGUGUUGGCCGGUGAUCCGAGCUCAGGGGGACUUGGGGCCGGGAGGGGGGGACUGGGGAGUGGGAGAGAAGAGAAACAAAGCGUUCUCGGGCACAUGUUCUCAGCAAUAACACGGUUGCAGAACUUUACCCUUGUGUCUUCCAGAUCUGGAAAAGAACAGAUAUAUUUAAAUCAUUCUUGUUGAACAGUUUUUUAUGUACAGUAUUAUGGUACAUUUUUAGUAUGCUAAUUUUCUUUUGUAUUUGUACAUUUGACCUCUGCAGUUAUACUUUUAUAUUAAAGAAAAAAAAGCUGUAAUAGAUAACGCCUAGCAUUUGGCUAGUGUUAUUAUACUUUGGUCAGAAGACUUUUGCCAUGUGCUUAAAGUUAUAAUAGAUGCAAUUCUUAAUAAAAGUGCCUCAUGCUGUAGGAAAGGCUUCAGUUAUAGAGAAAGGCCAAGAAGGAACCCUGAGUUUGCAAAUUUGAAAAGAAAACCUUGCAGCCUUGUGGGCCAAGUUCCUUUACUCUUCCCUAAGAGAGACAUACAUACCCAUCUUGGUCUUGCCCAGAUAAUUCAAAACUGUCUCUUGAAUAGGUAGGCCCCAUUUGAAACAAAUACAAUAGACAAAAAGCCCGAGUUACAAAAAAAUAAAAUAAAGCAGUAGGGAUGGAGAGUGCAGCACUCUAUGAAAAGAUUUGACAGCUAGUGAACUUGGUUAACGCGCUAGAAUGUAAUCCAAUUUCUUUUUUAAAUCACCUAUCUCUUUUUUUCCCCACAUCUGUUGCACAAAGGGAAGCAUGUCUAUAUCUGGGUAGCCUGACUUUCCUGGGAGUGUCCACUCUGACAAAAUGAGUGGACACUCCAGGAAAGUCAGGGGCUGACACACCUGAAAUAGGGGCUAUGGAUGCAGGGAGAUGAAACCUGGAUUGCCUUAAGUCUCCCUCCUGUAAUCUGACUGGUCUUUCACGAAGCCUGUAAUAAACAGUUCUCUGUUUUAUAUAUUAGCAGGAAGCAUACAAACAAUCCUGCUUGUAUGAAUAAUAGUUAAAAGCUCCUCCGGCUCAAAAGACCAGAGAACCUGGAUCCAGAUCUUAUGGAUUCUAACUGGCCACGGAAUCCUGGCUGGCUAGGGAAAAUGAUAGGCCAGAAUGGCUUCAGUUCUCUCCAGAAAACCAAUCCCGUAUGGCAUUCUGGAUGUUUUGGCAAAUAAUUGGCAUUUGUAAAUGCAAAAGGAAAGAUUUUUCUGUGUUUGCAGCCUGUGGUACUCUUGUUUUUUUGGCAAGAAGAGCUGUCCUGAUAAUUUAUGUACAUUUUUAGCCUUUUUGGGGGGAGAAGUGAUCUGGCUCAAGUCAAAAUGUUUGUCCUUCUGGUAUUUUCAUAUUGUUUGUCCAAGGGGAUGGAACCUUUUCUUUUUAAAUUGCCUGGUCGUGAAAGGAAAACAAAGGGAAUUUUUCUCUAGUAGAUCUUUCCAAAGAGAUGUCUAUUUGGACCUCUCCUAGAGACCUAACUGUAGGCCAUGAGUUCUUCAAAGCUCAGUUUCUUUAUAUGUAAUUCCUAAAAUCUGCCAGCUGCCUUUCAUCCAGUGAAAUCCUAGAAGCAAGCCGUCCUCCCCCCCUUUUUAUGGGUUUUUGUCUCUCUCCAUUGGAGAGAGAACUCCAUUGGAGUUCAAAACAUAACAUAACAUGUGAAUUACCUUCUAGCCAUUCAUGUUCACUUUUAUGGUGCAUUUUUUUUCUGCUUAGCAAAAAAAAAAAAAAAAAAAAAAAAAAGAGUGACCUUUGGGUCCCCCAGGCAUUUUAUACUAAAAAUAAAUCCAAGAAGGACAAAAAGAGAAUAUUCAGGAAAUGUAAUCCAUAGAUACAUUGCAGAUAAAUAACAUAAACACACUGUUUCCUUAGAAGCAAAAGCUUAAGAAGGAAAUGUAUCAUCAUUUACUUUAGGGAAAUAUGCAAGAUUUGAGCUUCAGUAAGCCUAGCCAGGGAAGGAUUGCCUCUAAUUAAUUCAUCUGUCCCUAAGCUUGAGGCAUGGUAGAGCUCCAAGUAGCUCUCUUUCUUGAAGAAAGAGGAAUUUUGGGAAAAGCCUAGAGAAGAGCAGAAUGGCUUAGCCAGGGGAAAAUAACAGUCAGGGCUUCAUUGUCAAGAACCCAUCAAAGACAUUUAAAGCCUCAAGUGCUCAUUAUGCACUUCUCCUGCCCCUGGUUCUUCUCUGUUUUUGUGAGAACUAUUCUCUCUUUUCAAUUUUCUCAUUGAUGACUUUAUGGGUGACUCGAGCAUUUUAGAUGGAAACAGCAGUUCUUUAAAACAACCCCCCACCAUCUUCUUACUAUCUCUUCCCUCCACCUCUGUGGAUGACAUGAAUUUCCUGAUGGUUGGUAUUUCUUUUCUCAGUAAGCUUUCUUUCAGCCUUUGCUUGUGUGAAGUGUUCAAACCAUUCCAACAAUUCAAUAUUUUUAAGAGCCUACCUGUAUGUCCUGGGCAGAGUCCCAGCUGUCUCAUAUUUAUAACAAGAUCUCAAGACUCAUGUCUGGCUAAAUUCACUAAACGUUGCACCACCAAACAGUAUUUCCUCCCACCAAAAAAAUAGAAUUAAGGCACUUCUUGCUCAGUUUAUUUAUUUACUUUAACAUGGAGCCUGGUUGCAGUUUUUUCUUAGCUUGUUAAGGAUUCCAGACUUGCCUCUGCUGCUCAGACAGGCCAUUCUGAUUGGUUUUUCAUAUUGCUGGAGAACUUCAGAAUUUGAUCUUUUACAAAACCUGCUCCAUCCUUCGUGGAAUGCUUCCCUAAUAGAAGGACUAGUGGAGGACUUGGGUCUUUGAAGCAUGGUUGCAUUUAUUCGAGUGCAGUGUUCGUCUUGUCUGGACAACAUCAUAAAUGUAACAUUUGGAAGAGACUCAUCAGAGAAACAUUUAAGAAGCCUUUUUUUUUGGGGGGGGGGUGAGUCUUGGAAGAAAAAAAGGCUAAUGAAAAAAAUCAGACACUUCCCACAAAUUAAAUGCUAAUGCUCUUUAUUUGCUUUUAUUUGAUUGCCUUGUAGUUUUACCUGGUUAUGUAGUCUUUGUUCAAUCAGAAACCAUAAGAUCUUGGAAGCCACUUUUUCCUUGGUUGUGGAAUUAUACUCAGUGAGGAGAUGCUCUACCUUUUUUCUAACAGAAGAAUUGGAAAAAUAGAUAAGUGAUUACAUUUUUCCCAAAAGCUUUGGAUGUGUUGAGUAAACUGUUUUUGUAUGUUUUUGGAUGCCUCCACCAUCUUCAUCAGUUCCCCCUCUAUUUGUUUGAAGGAGGGAGGUAAGAAUGUGUGUGAUUUGUUAAUGAAACCCCAGCCUGGGACUUGUGACUCCCAUUUCAAACCUCCAUUCCUCACUUUCUCCAUGUUGUAACUCGGGCAAGUCAUCUUGUUUUUUCAAGCUUCAGGAACAUUCUGUGUAAAUGGGCAAAGGAGCCGCUCUCGCCUACCUCACAGGGAUGUUGUGAGGGCUGGUCUCAGCGGAGCUCCUGGAGAACUUUCAGUGAUCCCCAGACCAAGUAUUGUCAUUAUUUUGUCAUCUGAGUCUGGGAUUUGAACUAUAAGACACACGCAGUUGAAAAAAUUGGUGAAUGUUAACCAAAUGUUCCUCUAGUACCACAGGUGAUAGGACCCAACAGCUCUUUCAAAAAACUGGGGAACCUUAUUAACCCAAGCAGUGUUUUCUGAGAAAGAGUUUUACUUAAGCAGCAGCAUUCUACCUGAGAGCACCCUCCAGGUGCUAAAAUUUGGGCCCUUUGUGUUCUCUGCAUCCCAUUUUGAUGCCAUCCCUUUCUAAGGACUUUAGUAAGCUGCAAUGGAUAAGUAGAUGGGGAUAGGGAGGAGUGGGAGAGUACUGGCAGUUAACAUUCAAUAAAAAGCCAAGUAUUGGAGACUUCCUCUUCCCUUUUGCAAGGACUUGUGAUAAGAUGUUUACCUAAUAAUUUUCCCAGUGACAGAAGAAAUUACCUGAGGGUAAUGAUUCAGGGCUCUUGGCAGCUGUGAGUGAUGAAUAUGAGGUAUUAGAGACACAGGAAUUUUUUCUCCACUUGUUCAAUAUCCCAUAUAUGGUUUGUGGUUAUAUUGAAGCUUGGUUAAAAUGACCCAUGACCUUUUUGCUUUCAGGAAGUGGACCUUAUAUGUUGAUGGAAUCCUGACUCCUGUGGGAUAUGAGCUGAAUUUGGCAGGGUCUUUUAGUUUACCCUUUUUUAAUCAUGUAAUCCCAUGAGAAAAUUCUUCCCCUUCAAAAAAAAAAAAAAAUAGAGCCCUGAUAGAGAGUUGUAAUGGAAACUGUACAGUGCUGAAAGUUUGUCAAUCCCAGUUCAUUCAUGUCAGUAAUCUCUUAAUUUUCUGGUCCUAUUAAUUUUUGAAAUCAUCAAGCUGAGUGUGCUUCUCAUUCAUUCUGUCUACACAUCAUGGAGACCUUCAAAUGUUGUAAUUUGCUGCUGCCCAGACAUAACUCUUUCUCUUUUGUUAUGUUAAAUGGGUUUCAUUCAUGCACAUUCCAUGUUCAAAGGUAAUACUCACUCCUUGAAGGAGUGUUACAGAAUUUAAACAACCAAAGAAUGUUGUUUCCAUUCCAAAAUCUGCAGAAAUAAAAAUAGGAGUUAUAUUUUUCCCAGGAUGAGGCUGCUUGUUUUGGUUGAGUAAGGGCCAUGGGCUAUGUCUGCUUAUGUGCUUCCUAGAAGAUUGGAAAUCUUUUCCCCUAUUGUGCUCAAUCCUGUUUUCUGUAACCAGCCUUUCAUGGAAGUCUCUACCUCAGGCACUAAUUAUUUAUAGUUGUACUUAGCAAAUGAAUAUUGAACCAAAUUAGCUGGGAUUUCCAACUUCCUAGGGCAAUUCAAACAGAAAACCCAAUUAAGUUAACCAGUGACCUAAUGUUAUUUAGUGUACGAAAAUUGGAAAGUGCAUGAAUAACCAGGGUAUCUAUCCAUUCCAGUACCAAAGAUCACACAUUUCUGAUUUUAUUCUCUCUGUGGUUAAUGUAAAGCUUUAUGGCAGAGAUAAGCCCUGUGUCCAGGGAUUCGUCUCCAGUAAGGUUUUGUUUUUGAAAGAAUGUUUUGUCAGUUCCAAAUACAGUUUAGAAGAUUCA